AAGUGGCCGGAUGUAAGGGAACACAGACAGGCUGUUUGGCUACGAUUUGGCCUCACCGCCCGAAAAGGCAUCUCAUACUUAUCACCAUCAUGAGCCACACCAUCAAAGGCCUCACCGCGUCUCCAGUCAAGUACGACGGCUCUACGUUGCGCGUCUGCAUCGUCCAUGCACGCUGGAACACGGCAGUCAUCGACGCCCUCCUCGCUGGCGCGAUCUCCAAGCUCAAGGAGAGCGGUGUGAAGGAGAGCAACAUCAUCGUCCAAUCCGUCCCCGGAAGCUUCGAACUUCCGUUAGCUUGCUCCCGUGUAAUCGCCGGAUCGCACGUCCAAGCCGCGUCGAAUGUGACGGAUCUGCUGAGCGGACUGUCGAUGGGAAGCCCCCAGUUGUCGCGCAGCGGCACACCUGCACCAGCCGGUGUCGUGACCAUGCCCAACGAGCCGUUUGACGCCGUGAUUGCCAUUGGGGUGCUCAUCAAAGGCUCGACGAUGCACUUCGAAUACAUCUGCGACGCGGUCUCGCACGCGCUGAUGAAAGUCCAGCUAGACACCGGCGUGCCAGUCAUCUUUGGUGUGCUCACGGCGCUGACGGACGAGCAAGCGCUUCAGCGCGCGGGUCUUGCCCCCGGCAGUCACAAUCACGGCGAAGAUUGGGGCCUAGCCGCAGUCGAGAUGGGAUCGCACGUACGUCGCUGGAAGGAGGGGAAGUUCACGUAGAAGAAGAGAAGUCCAACACAACAACAAGAAGUGUACAGGUAACUACAUACAACACGCAGUUAUUUAUCAACAGUGACGUUCUCGCCGAUGUAUCCAUUCGAUCCCCAUGCGAUCGCAGAGAUGGGCGAGUUCGUCGACUUGGCCUGGGGCAGCCGGCCGACCUCGAGCGGCACUAUUCGCUCGCAGCUCGCCAAUCAUUUCGAGUUUCUUGAGCACAUCUUUCAAUGGGAAAUGGUCACGUCUCAGCCACGCGCCGACGACCGGGACUGGAAGUGCAAUCACCGAGAGUCUUGAGACUCGAAGAUGUUCGAUGCGGGACGGAAGCUUGUCGAGAAUGGACGGCGUAACCGGAACACCGUUCAGACUGAGUAUCUUGAGCCGAUGGAGACUAGCGAUCGUAGAAUCCUCCCAAUGCCGAGGCCGGCCCUCUUGUGAAUGGUAGUCGGUGAUGGUAAGAAGCUCGAGAGUGUUCGCGAGCAGAUCCAAGCACUUCUUUAGCUGGCCUCGGCGCAUGGGAGCCAAGCCAUCAAGAACUAGCUCUCUCAAGCCGGACAUGCUACGGAAGAGUGCCGAGAGACCAUCGCAAACGACAGGCUUGUUGAUAUUCGAGAUCGAUAGGCCGGUGCAUAGAGACGACCGGGCGGGAAGAGCGAAUGCGAUGUCUUCUGCGCCUUCUCCGCCGAUGGACAGCUCGGAGAUGUCCAAUUCCUUCAGACAUGGGAACGCAACGAUGUUCUUCAGCCAUCCGCGCUGCAAACUACCCAUGCAGUUUUCGCAUUGUCUGCACCCGGUCAGAUGGACUUCCGUGAGCUUCACCGUCGGGGGUGACUGCACAGACAGCGCCCAGACCAUGUCACCGCCAUACAGUCUGACAAUUGUGAGUUGUGGGCAUGCCUCGAGAAACCAGCGAAACGCUGUAGCGCUCAGUGACCGGGGCUCCCACGCAGCGGUGACACUGAAGUGCGUCUGAUACCCGUCGAGCAACCUUGUUUGGCUGCAAGUUGAGUAGAGGUCGGCGCUUCUCACGAACUUGGCGAGGUGCGGGCAGAAGCGCAGUUGGCCGGUGAGCAGCAGGAACCGUUCGACUCCUUCGACGUGUAAAUCACGGUACAGAUUGCGUCGGACAGGAUUCACGAAUGCGCGGCACACAAGCGCGAGUGCGAGGAAGUUCUUGUGUCGUGGUGAGUUGCUUUACACGCGAGCGAGAUGCCUGCGGUACGGUACCUUAGGCAGCCUCGUGUCAUCCCAAACCCCGUCGUCGUCCACUUUGUCGAGGAAGAGCCCAUCUACAAUGUUGUCGAUCACAUCCUCAAAGGCCAGGAACGGCAUUGGAGAGGAGGAUAGAGAGAGCGAGUUUGUUAUCUUCCUACGUACAUGGCAGUUCCGAAGAUGGCUGUACCUGGAAACGUGGGCAUGGUCCCGUGCCAGGACGCACGAACUUUCACAGGCAAUUAUGCAAGCUUAAUUUAGAAUCCCCGGUCGGCGCAGUGGACUCUGAAUAUCGUCAUGAAGGGUCGACGACCGUUGGC